CUCAGCUCAGAGGGAGGAAGGACGGCAGAGCUGACAGGACAGGACGGCAGUGCUCCUGAGCGUUUCUGGAGCAGAAGCUCUUCCCCCAGAGGGAGGGACGCACCGGGCAGCAGGCACCAUGGAGCCCCCGUCGGCCCCUCCCCGAGGAGGACGCGUCCCCUGGCAGGAGGUCCUGCUGGCAGUCUCACUCCUAACCUUCUGGAACCCGCCCACCACUGCCCAAGUCACUGUGGAAUCAGUGCCAUCCAAUGUUGCUGAAGGGAAGGAUGUUCUUCUGCUCGUCCACAAUCUGCCUGGGGAUCCUAUAGGCUAUGGCUGGUUCCGAGGGGAAAUUGUAGAGCCCAGCAGUCAAAUUGUAUCAUAUGCAGUAGACACACAAGUAACUACCCCAGGGCCUGCACACAGCGGCAGAGAGACAAUAUACCCCAAUGGAUCCCUGCUGUUCCAGAACAUCACCCUGAAGGACACAGGAUACUACACCAUACAAAUCAUAAAGAGAAAUGUUCAAGUUGAUGAAGGAACAGGACAGCUGCGCGUAUUCCCAGAGUUACCCAAACCCAACAUUGCAAGCAACAACUCCGACCCCAUGGAGAAUGUGGAUUCUGUUGUACUAACGUGUGGACCUCGGACUCAGAUAAGCUACCUGUGGUCAGUAAACAAUGAGAGCCUCCCCCACAGGAUUCUCACUAUACACGGUGUCACAAGGAAUGACACAGGACCCUAUGAGUGUGAAACUCGGAACCCAGUGAGUGCCGGUCAUAGUGACCCAUUCACACUGAAUGUUCUCUAUGGCCCGGACGCCCCCACCAUUUCCCCCUCAGACUCCUCUUACCAUCCAGGGGCCAACCUCAGUCUCUCCUGCCACGCAACCUCUAACCCGCCCACACAGUAUUCUUGGUUUAUCAGUGGGAGGCCCCAGUCACUCACACAGGAGCUCUUUAUCCCCAACAUCACUGCCAAUGAUGGUGGAUCCUAUACCCCCCUCGCCUAUAACUCUGGCACUCGGCUCAAUAAGACCACAGUCAAGACUAUCACAGUCUCAGAGCCAGUGGCCUGGCCCUCUCUCCAUGCCAGCAACACCGCAGUCACAGAAGAUAGGGACUCCGUGGUCCUGACCUGCUCCACAAAAAACGCUGGGAUCUCCAUCCACUGGUUCUUCAAUGGCCAGAGUCUAAAGCUCACAGAGAGGAUGAAGCUGUCCCAAGACAAUAGCACCCUCACCAUAGACCCUGUCAGGAGAGAGGAUGCCGGGAAUUACCAGUGUGAAGUUGGCAACCAAAGCAAUUCCAGCAAAAGUGACCCCAUCAGGCUGGAUGUGAGCUAUGAAAGAAGCAACACAGGCCUCCCUGUGGGGUCCAUCGUUGGCAUUGCAGUCGGGGUCCUGGUUGGACUGGCACUGGCAGCCGCCCUGGGUUGUCUCCUGUUCCGCACAAGGACUGGAAGGGCCAGUGGCUGGUGUGAUCUCAGAGAGCUCUGUUGCCCAGCAUCAACCCCCCGUCAUGGUCCAGCCUGCAGCUCCACAUCCCCGGACUCCCUGCCCAGCCCCACCACAGCCGUUCCCAUCUACCAGGAAUUACGACACCCCGACACAAACAUUUACUGCCAGAUCAACCACAAAGCAGCAAUGGCUUCUUAG